GUUGCAAAAGGCUUUGAUUUUGGAAUAGCCGGGACAGCGACCGCAAUGCCUGCCUUUCAACGGGUCAUGGGUAGACCUUGGCCGUCUGAAGCCUCGGGCUAUUUGAUUCCGGCAACUAUUCAGUCUGCAUGGACAGCUUGUUCAACCGCUGGCGAGAUUCUCGGCGUGCUCGUCUCAGGACAUAUCAUGGAUCGGAUCGGGAGAAAGCACACAAUUCUGAUUGGGUCCUUAUUCACUGCCAUCGGAGUCGCUAUGCAAGUUGCAAGCCACGAGUGGAAGCUUUUCCUGGGUGGUAGGCUGGUCAAUGGGGUCGGUUUCGGCAUCGUCUAUGUCAUUGCUCCCGUAUGGAUCGGAGAGAACGUACGCCCUGAACUUCGCGGUCUUUUCCUAUGCAUUAUGAACGGCUCUAUUGUCUUUGCUCAAUUUGUGCUGGCACUCAUCGCAUACGGAACAGAUAAGCUUCAAGGAACAUGGUCGUAUCAAACCCUCGUUGUCCUCCAAUUCGCCUUUGUGGCUGCUCUUCUCUUGGGAUACCCAUUCUUCCCCGAGUCGCCGUAUCUCUUAUUGAAGAAGUGUCAAGAAGAAAGGGCCCGAAAAUCAUUGACACGUAUACACGGUAGCAAAGACCAAGCGCUGAUCGAUGCGGAGUUGUCGCGUAUGAAGGAAUCGAUUGAAGUAAGCGCAGGUCUCGAGGCUGUCGCUGGAAUGGAUGGGCCACCAAUUAUCCAAGUAUGGAAGAAGUCCAAUUUGGUAUGCCUUCCCCCACGUUUGAUGAAUACUAAACGCACACUCAUCUCUCUCUUGCCACCUAUGGCUCAACAAUUCAUUGGAGCUGCUUUCGUCAUCACCUAUGUUACAUAUUUUUUGAGUCUCCUGGGCGUUAAAGAUUACUUUACGGUCUCCGUUGCACUCUACGUGAUUAUGCUAGUCAGCAAUCUGAGCGCCUUCCCUCUCAUUGAGGUAGCUGGGAGGCGUCCGUUGCUAUUGUAUGGGAUGAUAGCUUUGACAGUAAUCGAACUAAUUAUGGGGAUAAUGGGCUGCAUAUCCAGCUCAGCAGCUCUUUGGGUUAUUCUUGUUUGUAUCUUUCUCUGGGCACUUGUCUACCAAGUCAGUAUCGGAGCUGUGGGUUUCGCUUUAGCUUCGGAGGUUGCUUCGCCUCCUCUAAGACCCGUAACGUUAUCAUUGGUGGGCAUUACUCAAGGUCUGAGUGGUUGGAUUAUCGGCUUUGUCACUCCGUACAUGAUUAACCCGGACGCCGGGAACCUCGGCGCAAAAGUGGGGUUCGUUUUUGCUGGGUUAGGGAUUCCUCUGUGUAUCACCUUCUAUUUCGCCAUCCCGGAAACACUCGGUCUAAGCUUUGCUGAUAUGGAUUAUCUCUUUGCUGAGAAGGUCAGCCCAAGACACUUUCAGAAAGCCAUUAGUGAACACCGUCGACUCAUUGAUCAUCUAGAGCUGGUUGAUCAAGACUCAAAGGCUCAUGAGGCAACAGUUAUUCACCUUAAUUAG